AUGGUCUGGCCGUUCAGUAAGAAAAAGGAUGACUCUGUUGCCCGUCAAGAGCAGCCAGAAGCGCAAUUGCAGAACUACAGUGCGGGGAAAAAAUACCUUCUGGAAGAUACAAAACCUCGCUUCGAAAACGAAUCUCAAAGUCAGUUGGCCAAGGCCCAAGAACAGGCUUCGCUUCGACAGGCGUGGCAAACUAUAGGGUGGAACGAUUUUAGUUUUCAAAAGCUCGUUCAAAUCCCAUGUCUGCGAGACGCAGGAAUGAGUGGGUUUACCAGCAUGUUCGUGGUUGGAGGUGUCAUAUUUCUGUACCAUAAGAACCCAGCUAAAGCUGCAAACUGGGCAGUCGGAGGACUCAUGCUUGGAAGUAUUGUAGGGUGGGAACAGUGUCGUAUGAGGCGAAAAAAAAGCUUCCAAACUGCUCAGAUGGCGAGAUCGGCCGUCGCCAAUAAGGAAAAGCCCAUGCUGAACCCGGUGGUUCAUGAUGAUAGGGUAAAGAAAGAAUGGGAAGGCCACACUUCGGACACGAGCUCGAAAAAGCCGUGGUAUAAGCUGUGGUAG